AUGCGGCCGCCGACGGGCGUGGACAGACGGGACAAGUUUACGAUCCAUUCGAAGGCCGUGGUGUGCCAGGAUGUCGAGCUCAAGGGCGACAUCACCAUCGGGUCGGGGACCAUCGUGCACCCCAAGGCGACGAUUUUCGCCAUCGCGGGGCCCAUCGUUAUCGGCACGGGGUGCAUCGUUGAGGAGGGCGCCAUUAUCGUGAACCGGCGGAAAGAAGUGAUGCGCAUCGGCGACGACAAUCUGUUCGAGAUCGGCUGUCGCGUCGAGUCGCCGACGAUCGGGAACUUCAACACGGUCUCGACCCGCGCGCGGGUGCACCACACGGUGCGGCUGUCGUCGUACUGCGUGGUCGGGGCGGGCUGCCUGGUGGUGCCGACGGAGGACGAGGUGCUGGAGGAGUACACGGUCGUGUACGGGCCGACAGCGGAGCGGCGCACGUGGAGCGGGCGCGGGAAGGUGCAGGAGGCGGAUUUGCGCAGGAAGCACGCGGAGUAUCUGCGCGAGACGCUGCCCAAGUUUAAUCGGCUGAGGCGGGGCGACGCGCACGGGGCGGCGGCGUGA